UAAUGAUCAAGUUCGGCCCCUCCUCCACCCUGCCCUUCUGGUGCUCUAUCAGCUUCCUCCUCCAUCCUCCUGGUUCCUGGCUCCAGCUCCAGCCCAGCCCAGCCCAGCCAGCAAUCCCUGCUGGCACACUCAGCCCCCGGUGGCCCUUAGAAGAGCAGACAGAGGUCCGCAGGUAUGGAGACAGUGGACAGUGGUGAGGUGGCCCCUGGGGCACCCCAGCCCAUGCACAUUAACGUGCACAUCCACCAGGAGUCCGCUCUGGCCAAGCUCCUGACCAGUGGGUGCUCCCUGCUGCGGUCCCACUUCCCUGGGGCCACCUUCCAGACCUGGAGCAGGAGUCGGCUGCUCUUGGCCUCCUGGGUGAUACAGAUCGUGCUGGGGGUGUCAAGUGGAGUUCUAGGAGGGUUCCUCUACAUCUUCUACUGCUCCACCCUGUGUAGCUCAGGAGCUGCCAUCUGGACAGGGGCUGUGGCUUCGCUGGCUGGAGCUGUCGCCUUCAUUCACCAGAAACGGGGUGGCAUCUGCUGGCCGGGUCCUGAAGAGACUGAGUCUCCAAGGUCUCCCUCUGCCUCCUUGCCUCACCAGGCCUUGCUGAGGAUCCUGCUCGCCCUGGCAGCUUUCUCCACAGCCACCGCUGCCAUCGUCAUCGGAGCCAGUAAUUUCUAUAGGCACCGCUUUUAUUUGAGAGACUUCAUCUGUGAUGUCUCCUCGAAGGCCUGGUCCUGGGCCCCCCUGAGCCCUAGCACUCCAAGCCCAGAAGAAGCCACAAGGCUGCACCUGUGUCUCUCCUAUCUGAGCAUGCUGGAGGCCCUGUUCAUAAGCUUUCAGGUCAUGCUGUUGGGUAUCUGGGUUCUGCUGCUCCUGGCAUCUCUGGUUCCCCUGUGUCUGUUCUGCUGGAGUAGGUCCCGACAUAAGAAAAUAGACCAGAAGAAACUGCUGGAAGCAAAUGGAAUCUAGCCUUGCUUCUCCUAAGUGCUCAUGCCUGGACUCUUUCUGGACUGCCUCUGGCUCCUGGGAGAAGGAUCAGGCUGGGGAAAAGAGACUCUACGCUAGCUCCAGUUACCUUCCUCCACUGCCAACAGCCACAGCCAUGGCCAGAGUCCCCUCCACCAAUCAUCACACCACUCUUGCCCAUUUCUGGCUCACCUUUACCAUUCCGCCUUGCCUCAUGGCCCCUCAUGAGCAAUGAAGACAAUAAACUGUCUUGUUUCUCCCAA